AUGCCUAAGCGGAAUGCCCUGGCCGUAGGGAUAGACCUCGGAACAACCUACUCCUGUGUGGGCGUCUGCCAACACGACAAAGUAGAGAUCAUUGCCAAUGACCAAGGAAACCGGACGACGCCCAGCUACGUGGCUUUCACUCACACCGAACACCUGGUUGGGGACCCAGCUAAGAGCCAGGCCUCUCUCAACCCCCAGAACACAGUGUUCGAUGCCAAGCGGUUGAUUGGCAGGAUGUACAAGGACGCCGCAGUACAGGAGGACGUCAAGCACUGGCCUUUCACUGUGGUGGACCAUGAGGAGAAGCUCAAGGUCCAAGUGUCCCACAAGGGCAAGACACGGACCUUCUACCCCGAGGAGAUCUCCGCCAUGGUGUUGGCCAAGAUGAAGCAAACGGCUGAGGCCUACCUAGGCAGUUCCAUCUCCCAAGCCAUCGUCACAGUGCCAGCCUACUUCAACGAUGCCCAGCGCCAGGCCACCAUAGAUGCUGGAGCCAUUGCUGGCCUCCAGAUCCUGAAACUCAUCAAUGAGCCAACAGCUGCUGCCAUUGCCUACGGCCUCGAUGUGAGAAACCAGGAGGUGGCGGGCCGUCGAAACAUCCUCAUUUUUGAUCUGGGUGGGGGCACCUUCGAUGUUUCCAUCCUUGCUGCCGAGGACGGCAUCUUUGAAGUGAAGGCCACAGCAGGGGACACUCACUUGGGUGGGGAGGAUUUUGACAAAAGGCUGGUGGGCUACCUUGCUGAAGAGUUCAAGAAGAAGCACAAGAAGGACCUCCAUCUGGACAAGAAGGCCAUGCAGAGGCUGAAGAUCGCUGCAGAGCGGGCCAAGUGCACAUUAAGCUCGUGCACCAGCGCCAGCAUCUCCGUUGACUCCCUCUACCAAGGGAUUGAUUUCCACACGACCAUCACCCGGGCGCGUUUUGAGGACCUGUGCUCUGACCUCUUCCGAGACACCUUGAAACCCCUGGAAAGGGCGCUGAAAGAUGCCAAGAUGAGCAAAGGUGAGAUCAUGGACAUUGUUUUGGUCGGCGGUUCCACCCGCAUUCCCAAGAUUCAGAAGCUGUUAAAGAAUUUCUUCAACGGGAAAGAGCUGUGUAAAGGCAUCAACCCUGAUGAAGCGGUGGCCUACGGGGCAGCUAUCCAGGCCGCCGUCUUAACAGGCAACCGCACUCCCAAGAUGCAGAACAUGUUUCUUCUGGAUGUGACCCCUUUGUCUUUGGGGAUCAACACGCAAGGUGGAGUCAUGGCGACGAUCAUCAAACGCAACUCACCUGUUCCCACCAAGGAAACAAUGGAGUUUACCACCACUGAAGAUGAUCAAGACACCAUCUUGUUCAUGGUGUACGAAGGGGAGAGAGCAUUAACCAAACAUAACCACCUACUGGGCACGUUCACCUUAAAAGGCAUCCCUCUGGCACCCUGUGGGGUCCCCGUCAUUACAGUCACAUUUUCCAUCGAUGAAAAUAACAUCUUGACUGUCUCCGCCAAGGAUGUGGAAACGGGAAACACCAGCCACCUCACCAUCUCAGACACUCGGGGCCGUCUAGGUAAAGAGGAGAUCGAAAAGAUAGUGCAGAAGGCGGAGGAGUUCAGAGUGAACGACGUCUCUCAGCAGGAGAAGAUUGAAGCCAUGAAUUCCUUGGAGUCCUGCACCCUGGAGCUAAAGAGGGUUGCGGCGGAGCAAGUCCUAGAUGUGAAGGCCAAGAGGAGGAUGCUGGAAAUGUGUGAGGAUGCCACCUCCUGGCUGGAGGGCAACCCACUGGCGAAGAAGGAAGACUGUGAGCAGCGGCAGAAAGACCUCGAGGAAGUGUGGGAUUUGAUAUGCACCUCCCUCACCCAAAGCGAAAGGGAAGAAGGGACAUCUGGAGAAGUUCAGAACGUGGCGGUAGUUGACAAGAGUGAACCUCCUGAGGAAAUGGAAUAA